UGAAACCCUCGCGUCACUUUGACGCUGGCUGCGGGAGCAAGGGAACUUAGCUGGAACUGUGCAACAACAUACAACGUGCACUACACACUUCUUCAUCCACAACGUCCUGCAUGGCUCCCUGGCACAGGACAGCCGCUUUUAUAUGGUCAACACUAGCUUUUCUUCUUUAUUUUGGUUACACGUCUGCCGCUGAUCCAGAACAUGCCAUAAACUACUUCAGCAAUGCACCAACUCGGUUGUUCUUUUUCGACGAUACUACUAGUGUGAUAUACCAUGAUGCUAUCUUCGGGGACAUACAUGUUUCUCAGGACGAAGGCAAGAGCUGGCAACGCGCGGAUAACAUACCACCUGGCGAGGCUGCAAUGUUUAUUGAGCACCCGUUUGACAAUCGCGUGGCAUACGUGUUAACAAAUUCCUACACGCAUUACCGCACAGACGACCGCGGAAAGUCAUGGCGCACGUUUACCGUCCCUGAGCUAGUAGCCUAUGUUCCAAAACCACUAUCAUUCCACUCAGAUCCUAAAAAGUGGGAGUAUGCCCUCUUCCAGGCUACGAAAUGCGACCAAAUUCCCUGGGGAGAAUGUCGAGACGUGACAUACUACACUACAGAUGGAUUUGUCUCAUCACCAAAACUACUCCUAGACGACGUCUCGCGCUGCCAAUUCGCCCACAGUAGCAAGGACUUCAAACAUGAUGCUCAUGAAGACCUGAUCUACUGCGUCGCCUAUGACUCCUCCGCCAUGUCUGGCUCCCACACUAUUGCAAGCAGUCGUCUGUACUCCAGCACAGAUUUCUUUACCACCAAGCAGAACGAAGACCUUGGUAUUGGCAAGAAUGCCAAGGGUGUCGUGGCAUUUGCGAUUGUGUCCAAGUUUGCUGUGGUUGCGCUCAAGGAUUUGGCGCCCGGCAGCGAGGGUGACAUGCUGUUAUAUGUUACUGUGAACACUAAGGAAUGGGCGAAGGCACAUUUCCCACAUGCCUCCCAGGCGCGCUUGCGGGAGAACGCAUAUACCAUCGUCGAGUCUACAGUCCACUCUCUAGCAGUAGAUGUCGUCUUGCACGACAUGACCUCUGUCGGUACCCUGUUUGUCAGCAACUCCAACGGCACCUAUUUUGUGGAGAGCUUGAUGAACACGAACAGGAACAUGAUGGGGUAUGUUGACUAUGAGACUAUAUAUGGCGUCGAGGGUGUUGGUAUUGCCAACGUUAUCUCUAAUGCACAAGACGUUGAGAGGAAGAUGGCAACCAAGCAAUUACAGUCGGUUAUCACGUUCGAUGACGGUAGCUCUUGGAAUCCUCUUACCGCCCCUAGUGGCACCUGCUCCUCCCAGCCAUGUUCGUUGCAUUUGCACUCAGUAACAGACAUGCAUAACUACGGCUCCGUUUUCUCGUCCCCCGCCCCAGGCUUCGUUAUGGGCGUGGGUUCCGUUGGAAAGGCGCUUGCGCCGUAUGAUGACAGCAACACCUACAUGAGCACCGACGCUGGCCUGACAUGGACCAUGGUCCACGAAGGCGCAUUUCAAUACGAAUUCGGCGAUUCCGGAACUGUCAUCGUCAUCGUCGACGACGAGAAACCUACUGACUCCAUCAUGUACUCCACGAACAUGGGUCAGACCUGGAAUACGUACAAUGUGGGGAUCCAAUUCCGUGCUAAAGGCCUGACGACGGUAUCAGAUUCGACAUCUCAGAAGUUCCUCCUCCUCGGCCAGGUCAUGCGGCAGUCCCAACAAUCCGAUCAGGGCCGCAACGUCGCCAUCUACCUCGACUUCGCCACCCUUGGGCGCCCACAGUGUGGUCCAAACGAUAAGGAGUCAUGGUAUGCAAGAGCCAGUACCAAAUCAGAGUGCAUCAUGGGUGCCAAGCAAUGGUACACCAGACGCAAGGCUAACGCAGAUUGCUACAUGGGUGAGAAGUUCCAUGAUCCGGAAGUUCAUGAUGAUAAGUGCCCAUGCGAGGAACAUGAUUAUGAGUGUGAUUACAAUUACGUGCGGAGUGAUGGUAAAUGUGUGCCCUCAGGUCCGGAGCGCAUACCCAGCACCCAAUGUACCCUUGGGACUUCCGACGAAAAGUACAUGGGUUCAUCGGGAUAUCGCAAGAUCCCAGGCAAUAAGUGUGAAGGCGGCUCUCGCAUGGACGAGCCCAUGUCUAAAGACUGUUCUGAAGCUGAACCUGUUGAAGGAGCGAUCGUUCACCAGAUUCAUCCAUUCCCUAGUGAUAUCGUACAGAGCGAGUAUUUCAAGGACUCAAAGACGGUCCUCGUUCGUCUUGCCGACUUCACAAUAUGGCAAUCUAGCAAUGAGGGUUACACAUGGGAACAAAAGUUCUCAGAGGAGCGUUUCCUAGCAUUCUAUAUGCACACACACAGCAACGAACGCGCAUACCUUAUCACCGACUCCAAUAAGUUCUACUACACAACAGACACAGGCCGCUACUGGCAUCCCUCCGAAGCGCCUUCGCCUCCCAACACCUUCGGGGCCCAAGUGCUCCGCUUCCAGCCCAAGACUGACUAUCUCAUCUGGAUUGGUAAUGUGGACUGCCAAUCAGGGUACGAAAAGUGUCGCGCGCAGGCCCAGUACACAUGGAACCAUGGACGGAAUUGGCAGUUGGUGGAGGACUACGUCGUCAACUGUGACUGGGCACGCGAUGAGGAGCUGCGGAUCGAUUCAUCUCAGAUCCUAUGCGAGUCGUAUGCAGACAAACAGGGCUCGCAGGUGUUUUUCGGGAGAGAGAAUGCGUUACAGCUUGUGUCUGGGACAGACUUUUAUGCGACGAAGACAAAGUUGUUUGAUCACGUCGUGGGGUUCACCAAGUUUUCAGAGUUUUUGAUCGUGGCUGAGUACCUCCCAAUGAGGGGCACGCUUAACCUGCAGGUUUCACUUGAUGGACGGACGUUUGCGUCUGGAAAUUUCCCUCCUGGCAUGCAUCCAGAUUCCCACGCAUACACUGUCCUCGAGUCAAGCACUGACUCGAUUUUCCUACACAUGACCAUGAACGAGGUUCCGACGCCAUGGGGCAACAUCCUCAAAUCCAACUCCAAUGGAACUUACUUUGGGCUGUCCAUCGAGAACGUGAACAGGAAUAAUGCCGGCUAUGUAGACUUUGAGAAGUUCGUGGGGUUAGAUGGCAUUGCGCUGAUUAACGUAGUGGCCAAUCCUGCAGAGGCUGCGCUCACAGGACGUAAGGCUCUGCAGACGAGGAUCACGCAUAAUGACGGUGGCACGUGGAAGCCGCUUCUACCUCCUUUAGUGGAUUCGCUAGGUCAGAGGUACCCUUGUACAUCAGUGGCCUGUGCACUCCACGUUCACGGGUAUACAGAACGCUUUGACGCUCGGGCAACAUAUAGCAGCCCAUCCGUCGUCGGCGUGGUGAUGGCAGUCGGGAACGUGGGUGAGUCACUCGCCACGUACACGGAGAGCGACACCUUCCUGUCCCGGGAUGGCGGGUUCACAUGGCAAGAAGUUCACAAGGACGCCCAUCUCUGGGAGUUCGGCGACUCAGGGUCUAUCAUCGUGAUUGUGAACGAUGAGGAGCCGACAGACCACGUCCUGUUUACCAUAGACGAAGGUCUUACUUGGCGAGAAUUCAAGUUCACAUCUGAGAAGAUCAGAGUGAGGGAUAUUAUGACGGUGCCAGAGGAUACAAGUCGGAAGUUUAUGCUCCUGGGUCGGUACCCUGCGACGGCUGGCUCGGUGGUCGUGCACUUAGAUUUCUCAUCUCUCACGCAUAGAAAAUGCCUCGUGGAUGUAGAAAAUCCUGGAAAUGAUGACUUUGAGCUAUGGAGUCCCAGCGAGGAAAGAGACUCGCUUUGCUUGUUCGGUCGACAGACGCUCUACCACCGACGUAAACGUGAUGUGAACUGUGUCGUUGGAGACACGCCCAAGGCACUAGACAACAUUGUACGGAAUUGCACAUGCACCUCGGAGGACUUUGAGUGCGAAUUCAACUAUGUCCGCAACGGGCAAGGUGAAUGCGUUCUUGUUCCAGGCACGAUUCCACGACCGCCCGAUGAUUCAUGUCGCAACGGAGAAGACUACUGGUAUGAACGCACGGCGUACCGCAAGGUGCACUAUUCCACUUGCGAGGGCGGCGACCGCAUAGACCGAGGCACGGCACACCUGUGUCCCGGCAUUAAUGGCCACAGCGCGAUGUUCUGGAUGAUGGUCAUUUUGUUUCCCUUUGCAAUCACAGCGCUUGUUGCAUGGUGGUGGUACAACAAGAGCGGAAUGGCGAGAGGGACGAUUCGUUUACCCGGAGGCGACUAUUCGCAUGGGUCAGGGUCUGGUGCGAUGGCUACGCUGGCAUCUGUACCAUGGUUCCUUCUCGGGCUUGCCGGCAUCGCGUUCGAAUAUGUAGCGUCAAACCUAGAAUCUGUAUCGAUGGGCUACCGUGCGAGGCGUGGAUAUAGGGAUGUACCUGUAGACGAGGAUGCGCAGGUCCUGCAUUUCGAGGAUGAGGAAUGAACGGGGCAGAGGUCUACAUAUGCAUAGACAAGACUGCUUUGACUACAUAUAUAUAAUAGCUCAUACUUGGAAUACUUAUCCUUGUAGGUCAUAGCCAGUUGCUUUCCUAUGUAUUCUGGUUCUUAUUUUUCUUUGGGUAUCAUGUCGUGAGAUGCCUU